AUGUCUUUGGAGGUGAAGCAUGUUGAAAAUGGCAACUUGUUUCAUCUUACAGUCAUCUAUGCCAAAUGCAAACCAGUCCUCAGAAGGCCAUUGUGGGAAGUUCUAAGGCAGAAAUCAUCAAUCUGCAGUGUUCCAUGGUGUGUCAUAGGAGAUUUUAAGGUCAUUGCUUCUGUAGAAGAAAAGAUUGGUGGCAUUCCAUUCCAGAUGUCCAAGAGUCUUGAUUUUCUAAGCAUGAUGGAGGACUGUGGCCUUGUGGACUUGGGUUUCUAUGGUCCUAAAGUCACAUGGUCUAAUGGAAGGGGGCAAUGUUCUAUUGUAUGGAAAAAGUUAGAAAGGGGACUGGCCAAUGCUCACUGGCUAGAAGCCUUUCCUGCAGCCACAAUUUCUCAUUUAGCUUCAGCAGAAUCUUAUCACAACCCCCUACUCCUGGAACUUCAUAAAAGACAAGACAAUGUCAAAAAAUACUUCAAAUUCCUCAAUUGCUGGGUGGACAACAACAACUUUCUUCCCGUGGUCUUUGAAAGCUAG